UUAAAGCCACCGCAGCAGAGCCAAUUCCAGCCAUGGCAUCGGAAGCACCUGCAGAGCCUCAAAGGCACACUGUGCACCAUGUGAGCGUUAGCAAACGCGGUACCAUCCUGGUGGCUUUCGCUCCAUGUGAAAGCAGCGAAAGCGGCUUCGAACGCUUCGCAAAGAGCGAGGCCUUGGUGCCCUUUAUGCGAGAAGCGCUAGAGGUGGUGGAAACAGAGCUCAGCUUGACUUCCUACCACCUCCGUGUUCUUCCAUGGUCGGGUGUCACCAGUGAUGAGAGCCUCGCUUUGCUUCUAUUCGCCUCUGGCGCAGAGGCAGUGGCCCAAAAAGGGGAGCAGAUGGGCUUUGUUCUCUACGUGGCCGGGAGCAAUGCUGUAGUCCGAUAUAUCCCAGUGAUCGGAAACCUCGAUGACUUGGAUGCCCCUAUCUCUUAUCAAGAUGCUGAGGGCAAAGAGGUUGAGGUUCCAGGUCUCACCUUGCGCAGUGUUUUGGUCCGUGGGGAGGAGCCCGAAGCGCUUAUACGCAGCAACUUGGAUUUCCAAGGCCGUUCAUGCUAUGUGUUGGUCAUGGCUCCGAAUGCUCCCAGUGCUCAGAGCGCUGCAGCGAAGGGCGAGGUGGUCCGGCGUCAGGCGGAGUUGAGUGACCCGGAGCUAGCAGCGCUUUGGCGCACCGCUGCGAUGAUGGCGGAAGACCAUGGUGGCUUCGAAGAGAUGCACUUGAAUGCGGGAAACUUUCAGAACGUGGCACACAUGCAUCUGAAGGUUUGGAUCCCUCGAGAUUUAUUCAGGAAUUUGUGGGCAGAGCAGGAGGUGUACGAAAAGCUCCAAGCUGCUAAACGUUGGCGAGACGAUGCUUGGAUACGACAACAAGAAGAGAAUGAAAUGGCUAAAGCCAUUGCCAUGUCGUUGGAGCAGUGAUUCGUGAAAAGAAUGACAAGGACAAGGACAAGAAGGCAGCUUCUAUGAGGAGAAGCAAACGAACUGGUCGACCUGCAGGAAGAUCCGUGUGGAGGUUGGAGGACGUCUCAUUUAAAAAGCAGUCGAAGGACCUGAUGCAAAGUGCAGAUAGUGCUUGCAUGCCAGCCGAGCUGUACGCGUUGAAGAAAAAACA